CGUGCCCGGCCGCCGCCGGCUGGCCCUGCCCCAUGCGCUCCGCCCCGCCGCCCGCCGCUCGCUAACCGGCAGCCGCCGAGGGUCCCGUGCGCCGCCGGCGGGCGGCCGGGGUAGCCAUGGGGAAUGGCAUGAACAAGAUUCUGCCUGGCUUGUUCAUUGGCAACUUUAAAGAUGCCCGAGAUGUAGAGCAAUUGAGCAAGAAUAACAUUACGCACAUUCUUUCAAUUCAUGACAGUGCCCGUCCUAUGCUGGAGGGAGUGAAGUAUCUCUGCAUUCCUGCUGCUGACUCACCCUCACAGAACUUGGCAAGGCAUUUCAGAGAGAGCAUCAAAUUUAUUCAUGAGUGCCGACUCACAGGUGAAGGCUGCCUAGUUCAUUGCCUUGCAGGUGUCUCUAGGAGUGUAACGUUGGUGGUUGCGUACAUCAUGACCAUCACAGACUUUGGCUGGGAAGAUGCACUGUCUGUUGUCAGAGCAGCGAGAUCCUGUGCCAAUCCUAACAUGGGCUUCCAGAGACAGCUACAGGACUUUGAAAAGCACGAUGUUGAUCAGUUCAGGCAGUGGCUGAAAGAAGAAUAUGGCGAAAACUCUUUUCAGGAUCUGCAAGAAGCCAAAAAUCUUCUGAGCAAGUACAAGGAGCAGGCAGAAUUGCAGCAGAGUACUGGGGGAAGACAGUGGAAUAACAACUUCUCAUCUGUGCCAUCUCUCUCAUACAACAACUACACAACAGAGACCUAGUCCUAGAAGGCUGAGUUUUUCUCUCUACCUUUGAAGAAUAUUUUGCCAUAAUUCCUAUCCCAUCUUCAAGACUUGACAGUAAUCAUACAAACAAUUGAUUUGUAGAAAGCUUCUUGAUGAAAAUUGUACAUUAUGUGUGUGUGGAUGAAUGUGUUUAACACAGUUUUAUAAUUCCGGCAGGAUCUAGCUCUCUGUACACUCAGAGACAAGAUCCAAUUACUGUGGCUGAGCCAGUCUGUCAGCCACAGCUGUUGUCCCUACAUGGCCUGGCAUUUGCUGUGAGGUUAGCUCAACUUCUUUUGUUGUAGGCUAGCAAAGGGCUCUGAGAGAUGAACUCUAGUGAUUCCAGCUUUGGCACUUUGACAUCUCUGCACUUUUACUGUGGCAAAUGUAUUAUUGCACCUGAAGAAGGGAACUCAAGUCUACAGUUCACAGUCCAUUGGCAAGUAACACCCUGGAGAUGGACUUGUGCUCGAAUGCUGGGCUGUAAACUGGGGCAGGUUAGAUAUGUACACGCACCUUUCUACCAACAGUAACAGCUAGGGGAGAAGUGGGACAGACAGCUCUGAGUAAUAACAUCUUCAACUGCCACAGUUGUACUUGCUUCAGUGCACGUGAGACAGAGCUGUCGGCAGAACUCCCGCAGACCGAGAGCACAAACUGCCACCACAGUUCAGCUGAUAUGCAGUGAUUUAAGCCAUGGUCCUCGGUUGUGCUUAGGGUCUCCCAUCAUGAACUUCUCUGGAGCAUAGUUAGUCAGGUCUCCAUGCCACUGAUCUUCAUUCCCUGUGGAACACAUGCCUCUUCAACACACGCCCCUGCGCACGUGAUAACGUGUCUCCAAAGAGUGGGCUUGGUGUGAGUGCGAGCACCUGUUUCUUUGCUUGUGCUGUGGUUUGCUCUUUGACUUCAGCUACCUCAAAAAUGCUGUACUUGUCAUUGUGGUUGUAAAUGCAACCUUGAAAAUGGCCUUGUGUAAUCUUAAUCUGGCACUGAAUAAUGUGCGUGAGUGCGUGAGGAUGUGCGUGCUUCACCAAUAUCUGUAUCUGAGAAGUUUGUUUUCUUUUAAAAUUGCCCGUGUUUCACACUAGAGUUGUUUGAAUUUGACUUUCUGCCAUUUAAAAAGCACCCUGUAUUUUGCUGUGAUCAAGUCAGUAGGAAUGCAUUUGUAAAUUGUUUUCAGGUAUGUUAAAACAAGAGGCCAUACGCUGCCCGUGGUAACACAGUGUGUUUCUAGAGUGGAGUGGCUGCCUGACUCAGGUGCAUUCUGAGAGUGUAGCUUCAAAUAUGUCACCACAGAUGCAGGGCGGUGUAUUGGGUUAUGAUGGUGUAAUGGGGAGGGCCAUUGAUGCUGAGCUAACUGCUCCUUGUCUUUGGCUCAAAGGAUGAAAGGCUUAUUUUUCUUGAAGAUUGGAAAAAAAAAAAUCUGAAUAGUCAGGGUAUUGAAAAACAAAAACAAAACUCAUUUGUUACAACUUGUGAUGUAUAUCAUGUUAAAAGCUGGGCACUGAGCGAGAGGCAGUCAGCAUGCUGAAUACAGUUGUCAUCUCUGUCAGUUGCUUUUGGUACUCUGACCCUCCCAUCCUGUCUCAAAAUUCCUCUUUAUGUGAUUUCCCGCUUGCUUUGGGUGGCUGUGAAUUCUUUGGAUGGGAGCAAUGCUUUUGGGGUCAAAUGAACUCUGGCCUUGUUAAAUAUCUUCAUAACAUGUGUUACAUUUUCUGAAAUACAGAUCUUGUGUAUCAGUAAUAGUCGAAAAGAGAAAGGAAUGGGGUGGAACUGGCCUAACCAUUUCAUCCAAAUCCAAGCCUAAAUCAGAGAGCUCUCAUUGCACAAGUGCUUUAAGUGUACUGAACACAGCAGGAGCAGGAAAAUCAUAUCGAUGUUAACAGUAAGCUGUCGGGCAUAAGAAAGGUGCUGGAGUUUUUGUUUUCAAGCUUGUAGCUAUGAACCACUACCUGCCUGGGAUAUCCAGCAACCUAUGGUCUGUGUUGGCAUGCUAACAGAAGUAUUUGGUGUUUCUCAAAGAGGUUGGUCUGCAAGUAAGUAGCUUUCAGGAAUUCCAGCACAGCAGCGCCCGGGUUGGCAGUACCCCCUGUGCUCUGAGAGUGAACAAGUUAAUUGGAGAACGCUUUCUGUGAUAACAAGGUGAAAUACACAUUCGGGGUGGUGCUCCAUUUGCUCAGCCCUCUCACGUUAAAUUAGUAGCAUAAGAUCCGCUUGUCCCCGGAGCAUAGCUGCCAGAAGUAUUGUGCUCAUGCUCUUGCAGGAUCCAGUCAGUCCAUCUUGAAGGGGACUCCGACAGUGUGCACCCUGUAGCAGUUUUUAUGCUUGUCCUUGCAGUAGUAAUGGUGUGAGUGUUGAUAAGUUGGCAGGUUUUCUGCUCUGGCAAAUACAAGGCAGAAUGGGAGACAUGCUACUGUCUAUAUGUCCGAGGUUAUUCUGUAUUGGUUUUUUAAAGUAGUUUCAUUAUCCCCAAAGAGUCAGUCCCAGAAACGGGACUUUUUUAGAAACUGAAUUUGUAUUUAGGGCCAUAUAGCCAUAUCAGUGUGCAUUAUGCUGCAGCUGGAAAGCAGAUACAGGGUAAAGCAGGAAGACAGAGGGAAUGCCAUAUUGUUGUUAAGCAGAUGUGCUGCUUUCUUUUUAAAAGACAGGAGGUAUUUUCUGCAGGCUCUUGCUCCUGCAUCUUUAGUGGACUCUUUGUAUUGCAUACCUCAUUUCAGGGUGACAGAAGAGGAAUGGUGGUCUGAGUGAACUUUAAUCUGUUUCCUCUGUGUAGGGAGCAGAAGGGCUGUUUACUCUUUUAUUUCCAUGAAGUGCAGAAGCGAGAGUAACUACAAUUCCCACCUCUGGCUUUUUAGGAAGGGAAAGGAGCAAACACUGAAUACUUGACAGGAUUUGUCUUCCAGCCAACCUUUCAGUGACAGUUUGCAGGAUACCCAACUAUCUGGAACGUGACUAGACCCCUGUCCACAUCUUAAUAGUUGGCCUUUCUGGUGUAGAUGAUGCAUUCAGUUAUUUUGUUUCUGUACUUCAAAACAUUCUUCUCAUUGUGAUGUUCACUGGAAAAUGUAUAAAGUUUAUAACACUUUAUUGGAUAUCCAGAUUUGAAAUGUAUGAUCUUUUUUUUUUUUUUUUUUUUUUUUAAACUUGAUAUCUGUGUGUGAUUAUAAGCAAAUGCUUACUGUUAUACAAUGUAGGUAAUGGGUAAAUGCAUUAAUUUUUAUUACCCUGAUUUUUAACCUGGAAAGAGUUGCUUCCUUGCAUCUUCUGGUUGACUGGGAAGAUAUGGCAAAUCAUGUUUGUUUUUUUUUUAAAAGGACAAUAACAACAUUAGUUGCUAUAAUGGGCACCUUCUAUAAGGAAGUCAGUGAAAAAUCAUAGUAAUCCAGCUACUUUGAAAGCUCUAAACCUGGUAAGCUUCUUGAUUCCGUCUUCCUGUUCCCAGGCAUCUUAGCAAAGCCUUGAGUGCAUUUUCCAAAUGUUUGUAUUUAAUACGUUCUACGAUUUUUUUACAAAUAAAAGUAAAUGUUAACACCUGA